UCCCUGUUUCUUCAAAACCCUAAUUCUGUCAAAUUGAGUUUGAGCCUCGAAAAACCUAUCUCCCUCUUUCCUCUCUCUCUUUCUCUCUCUUCAUUCUCUCUCUAACGAUAUUAUCGUUCAACAGAGAUCCUUCAAUCAUCAUCAUCCUUCAUCAACGCACCUUUGUCUGAAACUCACGGGCCGUUGCUUUCUAAAGAGAUGUCUCCCGCAUCCCGAUCCAAGUCUAAAGACAAAAAGGCUAACAAGGAAGCUCAAAAGGCUUCUGCAAAAUCCACAGGAUCUGGUAAUGCAGCAGCGGGUAUUCCAGCCAGUGCAUACAACCCAUUAUUAGGAACAUUCCAUACUCUGGAUGCAUCACAGACGCCCUCCACCUCACCAAUACAUUCAAAUGGUCGUUUUCGGAAUAUAGACGAGACAGAUGAACAUCCUGGCAGCUCGGUUGUAGCUGGUGUUGAGUAUGAUUCUGUUUCUAACAAUGGUAGUUGGUCUGGUGAGUCCGAAGACCAUAAAGAGAAAACAUCUAAUCCUCCUGUUCGGCUGGAAUCGGUUCCUGGAGCUGAUAAUGACAAACGGGAGAAAAUCCGCCAGAAGAAUGAGAGAAAACAUCAACGGCAGAAGGAAAGGCGAGCACAGGAGUUGCAUGAGCGGUGCAGAAGUUAUCUUAUGUCUAGGAGACUGGAAACACUUGCUCAACAAUUUGUUGCUAUGGGAUUUUCUCAUGAACGAGCAACAAUGGCACUGGUAUUGAAUGAAGGUAGGGUGGAGGAAUCAGUAGCAUGGUUAUUUGAAACUGAAGGAGCAGAUGGUCAAAAUGAUAAAACUACAGGUAGGGGAAAUUUGAAAAUGGACAUAUCAGAAGAACUUGCUUGGAUUGCAGACAUGGAAGCCAGGUAUGGUUGCUCAAGACAGGAGGUUGAAAGAGUCGUUGUUUCCUGUGAGGGUGAUCUUGAUAAGGCUGCAGCGACCUUGAGAGAAUCGAAACAUGAUCCACCAUCUGCUCCACCAAAGCCAGAGGAAACUGGUGAUCCUCCUAUCACCAACAAUGGUAAGCAGCAGUCAGGAGUUGUUAGUCAGAAUCCAAGGCCACAAACAAAACCUGUUCCUUCUCUAAACCAACCCAAAACUGAUGAAAAAGAUUUUAACUAUACAAAAGCAGCAAUUACAAAUGGAGUAUCUUCAGACUCCACUAAUAAAAAUAUGCAACCUCUAAAGAGAAUACUACCCAAGUCUGAAUGGGUAAAGCCACCACAGGCUACCGUAGCAGCUGACAAAAGGUGGCCUAGUGCAGGAUCCAAUCCUUCUGUUUCUUAUUCAUUGGCAUCACCUUUACAGGUGUCACCCCCACCUGCUAAGCCGGAAGUUCGUUAUGUGUCUGUUGGAGGUGAUUAUAAGAACCUUCAACCUGGAGCGGCCAAGGAACCCAUAGUCGUAAUGCAGCGUCCCCAAACUGCAAAUGCAAAUGCAAAGCAGGUUCCAGCCACAAGCAUGAGUUCAUCACCUCCCGGAAUAGCUGCCAAUUGGUAUCCAGCUAACAGUGUAGAAGCUAUGAGGUCCAACGUGUUUUUACCUCAAGCUCCUAGUACUAGAAGCCCUAGUCCAAACUAUCUAAGUUCUCAUCAAAUGUACCACCAACUUCAAUAUCAACCUCAACAACAGUUUGUUGCUGGCAGCAGCAACUCAGUAGAUCCUCAAGCAGCCAACCGAGGGAAUAGCACUUGGAAUAGAACGGGCGCAUCUCCAACGCUUGCUGCCGCUUCUUCUCUAGGUCUCUUUUCAGGGAAGGGCUCAGCAGCCACAUCAGGGGCAUCUUCUCCGGUAGACUGGAGCACUGGUGGGUCAAUGCAGUUUGAUUAUACCAGCAUAGAUUGGUCCUUAGAUCGAGGUUUAGCUUCACCAAGGUCAAAUGCUUUGUGGUUAGGGCUUUCACCUUUCACAAAGAGUAGGGCUCAAAUGUAUGAUCCUAAUGCUUCUGGAGUUGUUGCUCAACAGACAAUGAGAUCAUUGCCCUUAAAUGGGAGCAUUGUCCCCACACCUGGAUUGCAAGAUGGCGGAGCAGCUUCAGCUGAAACUUCUACUGCUGGUUCCCAGGAGUGGAGUUCUCCUUUUGAAGGGAAAGAUCUUUUUAGUUUACCGAGACAGUUUGUUUCUUCUCCAUCUCGGUAAAAUGAUAGGAGUGAAAAUGAAAGAAUGAAUGAAUAAAAUGAAAGAAAGACAAAAAAAAUGUGUGGAUUUGUUGUUGGUUCUUUUGUUCUACAGUUGAUGAUUGUUGGUCGUAAGCUUAAGUGGGAGGAGCAAGCAUCUAA